UGGAUGAUCGGUAAAAUAUAACUGUCAGUGGAGAAAAGGCGAGGCGUUGUUUUUUGGAUUAUUUUUGUAUUAUAUUUUUAAUUAAUCUCAUUAGACUGUGUAAAAUUGCUAUUUAUUAAUAAUUCUGAAGUGCACUGUAUCAGAAUGGCUACUUUGGAUGACAAAAUCUUAGGUGAAAAGCUACACAAUUACUGUAGUAGCAGUGAAGACGAAGGUGAUUCUGAGUACGAAGAUAGCAGAAGUGGAGAUGAAGAAGGUAACCCGCCUGCUCCGCAGCAGAGUGCCGCACCAGCGCCCGUCAACAGUUGGAAUGGCACAGCCAGCAACACUGGCCCCAAAGGAGUUUUGGAAGACUGGCGAAGAUACAAACAAUUGGAAGCUGAGAACCGUGCAGAAUUGGAAAAAGAACGCAUCGCAUUAGCUAAAAAGCUUACAUUAUCUGUAAAACCCGAGCGAGAAGAGGCUGAAGAAAAGAAAAUAGAAGAACUGGAAGAUGAAUUGAAUGAGUUGGCUGAUGAAGACUUUUUGUUAAAGUAUCAACAACAGAGGAUGCAAGAGUUGAUGAAUCAGUUACAGAAAGCACCCAAAUUCGGUAAAGUGGUGACUUUGAAUACUCAGGAUGAGUUUUUGAAUGCAAUCGAUAAAGAGGAUCAGAAAGUCACAGUUGUCAUUCAUAUUUACAGCAGUAAGUCCAUAGCAUGUGAGACUAUGGAUGGUUGUCUGAAUGUGUUGGCAACAGAGUACCCUAUGACGAAGUUUUGUCGUAUAUCAGUGGAUGUGACGGGUCUGAGUCGUCAUUUCCGUGUUGACGGGGUCCCUGCGCUGCUUGUGUACAAAGGUGGCCAGAUAAUUGGAAACUUUGUGCAGCUCGCCACAGAGUUGGGUAAUGAUUUCUUUGCCACAGACGUGGAACGGUUUCUUAUAGAGUACGGAAUGUUACCGGAGAAGUAGUGUAAUUUAUUGUAAUCUGCUUUAAAUGCAGUAUUAUCACUAUGGCCUUGAACGCAUGUCAGUGUCUGUAUGAUAGACAGUAGACUGUACCUAAUUUUUGUUCUUAAAAACACUAACGUAAUGUUUAUUAUUAGUUGGUAUAUUGUGGUGUACAAACUUUAUCUUGUUUGUGUUGGACUUGUCACCCAAUUAAAAUAGAAUAUGAAUUAAUUUAAUGUCUCUUUGUAAUUACAGUUCUGUUUAUCCUUGAAUUGAAUUUAUUGGUAGGUGAUACACUACAGAAACAUACACUUAAUUAUUUAAGAGUUUAAUGUAAUUAGAAUGUAAGAUUAGUUCUGGUAUUUUUUUAGAUAAUCCAUAUUUUUUUAAGUUCCUGGCAAUUUUUUACCUCCACCGUACUUUCGGCUGCACUCCUGCUUUGUCAAAUAAUGUAGACAUUUUGAAAAAAUGUACCUGUUAAGAUUUUUGUCAAGUGUGUAGUUGUUACAAUGCAUUUUACACAUUAUUUGUAAGUGUGCUGUAAUGUAAUAUUAGAUGUAAUACAAGAUGUGUUGCUUUUGCAAAUGUCUAGUAAUAUUUAACUUAUUCCACCGUCAACUCUGUGUCGUCAUUAUGUAAUGUCAUCAUAAGCUUUAUCUACUUAGGGAAAUAAAAAAAACUUUAUAGCAAUUUAUACUUUUUUCUAAAUAUGUAUAAGAGGGGUAGAAGCUUAACUUUUUUGGAAAGACUGUAUGAAUAUAACCUUGAUAGAUCAUAAUGAAUUUACAUGGUAGUAGCCUUUUUAUAAGUAUCAUCAAUCUUCUACCUACUAUGGGUGCAAAUUAUAACUAUGGUGAUCUCAUGGUGGAAUUUUCCAUUCAAUCCAGUUAAUUGUAUGUUAAACUAAGCAUUUAUUUGUGGCUAAUAUUGAUUAAACCAGAUGUCCGAAAAUAAAAAAAUCUUUGUCAUA